AAAAAAUAAGGGGAAUAUAUAUGUAUAUAUUUUAUUGGAAGGGUUGGUUUCUAAUGCAGGAGUUUGUUUGCUUCUGCGGCCUAAAACCUUCCCCACUAGAUGAUGAGAUAAUCAUACACCCCAAAAACCUUAGUUUCAAUUGCUGGACUCCAAACCGAGCAUAGGGAGAAAAAGGGGGGCCAGUGAGAGUGUUAAAAAGAGGAAAAAAAGAAGUUACACACCUCUUCUUUUAUCCAAAGUCCGACGAUUGAUUCCAGUUGGUUUACCUCACAGACCAGCUGGGUUAAAGUCCAAAAUUUUGGUUUCUAGAUAAAUUCUUUUUUUGUAAAAAAAGUUAUGAUCUUGAUACCUUCUCUUGGUUGUACAGACUGUGAGGGAAGGUUGAGAGGCAUUGGUAUAGAAAAAAGCCAAAAUUUUUACUUCAUUUAAUGAUUCCCUUACAGGUUGCCCAAAAGAAUACUGGGUUGGGUUCAGAUUGUUUGUUUUGGCAUGAUUGCUGAUCCCUUUUUAGUGUUGUUUCAAAAGAAAGGCAUGGUUUUUGAUGGGGGAAAGAAAAAAAAAACUUAGUAUUUGAACUAUAAAGUGGAUGGUAAAGAGAGAAAGCAAAGAGGUUUGGAGUUUGGACCACUUUGCUUUCUUGGUAUGGUGAAUAAUUGAAGCUUGUUUUUGUUGAGAAAUGAGCUGAAUUUUCUGCUGAGUUCUGUACUUGGUUAGGUGAAGAAUUUUUUUUCUCGGUUUCAUUUUGGCAAAUUUGAAUCUGCUGUGGAAUUUUGAUCUCGGGGUCACCUUGGAGGUUUUACUUUCAUGAGUUGUUCUUCUGGAACUGGGAAUUUUGUGAAGCUGUCAAGGCUGCUUGGGGAAAUACAUAAGAUGUCUAUGAACGGCAAGCUUUCUGGUCCUAAUUGUAGAUUAUCAGCAAAUUUCAGGCUAAAGAAGGCAAAAGAGACUAUGCAUGGAUCCAAUUCUUUCAGGAAAUGGAAGAGAAACCUUCUCUUUCUCUGGCUUUUAGGCUUUGUUUUUACAGGGAUUAUUUGGUUUUUCUUGAGUUUCAAUAGUGUAGCUUCGGAGAGGAAUGAGAAGAGUCCUGAUUCUUGUGAGGAGAAGGCAAGAAUCUUGCUCCAAAAUUUCAAUGUUAGCAAGAACCAGUUUCAUGCUCUAGCUUCUUUCUUCUAUGAAUCGGAUCAGAUAACAUUCCUCGAAUGUAGCAGCCAUUCAGGACCUAAAAAGCCUUCAAGUGAUGGUAUUGCCUGUGCUCUUAAGGUACUGUGUUCAGAGAAGCAAGACUUCAAAAAGCAGCAGAUGUGGGCUGUAAAAACUACAGAACUUAAGGAUCAAUGCCCAGUCCAAGUUGAGAAUAUUCCUGGCGAGCAUGACUUGUCAUUGCUGGAGCAUAAUACUUUUGUCUCACAAAAUGCAGAUAAUGCAGAUUCAUUAAUAUCAUGGAAGCAGCACAGUGAUGGAAAGAACAUCUCGCAAAGAAGUGCACUGGGAGUCCAAUCAAAAGAUUGUUGUCAGAACUUGUCUUUUUGUAUGGUGAAAGGAUGUUUGUUGCUUCUUGUUGGAGUGUUACUGAGCUGCAAGAUUCCAGGAGUUUGUUUGAAGUGCUGGAAGAACAGAAAGAAUGAGCCUGUUCCAUUGCAGCCUGUAGCUCAGCAACUACAGCUGCUGCUGCAACAAAAGCAGCAGCAGCAAGCCCAGAGCUCUCCCAAAGGUGCAGGGAAGUGGAGAAAGAAACUCCUAAUAGUAUUUGUACUCCUUGGGAUGCUUACAUCCUUCUGGUUAUUUUGGCAUUUAAACCAAAAGAUCAUUUUGAGGAGAGAAGAGACACUUGCCAACAUGUGUGAUGAAAGAGCACGGAUGUUGCAAGAUCAGUUCAAUGUUAGCAUGAAUCAUGUUCAUGCGUUGGCUAUUCUCGUAUCCACUUUUCACCAUGGGAAGCAUCCAUCUGCCAUUAAUCAGAAAACAUUUGGUGAAUAUACUGAGAGAACAGCUUUUGAGAGACCACUUACUAGUGGUGUUGCUUAUGCAUUGAAAGUUCUUCACUCAGAGAGGGAGCAGUUUGAGAAACAGCAUGGAUGGACUAUAAAGAAAAUGGAAACUGAGGACCAGACUUUAGUCCAAGAUUGCCUGACAGAAAAUUUGGAUCCUGCACCCGUUAAAGAUGAAUAUGCACCUGUGAUAUUUUCACAAGAAACUGUGUCUCAUAUUGUCUCUAUUGACAUGAUGUCUGGCAAGGAAGACCGUGAGAACAUCCUGCGGGCAAGGGCAACUGGAAAGGGAGUAUUGACAUCACCUUUUAAGCUGUUAAAGUUCAAUCACCUUGGCGUUGUGCUCACAUUUGCUGUUUAUAACAAGGAUUUGCAUCCAGAUGCUACACCAGAGCAACGUACUGAAGCGACUGUGGGGUAUCUGGGUGCAUCUUAUGAUGUCCCUUCCCUGGUGGAGAAGCUUUUGCAGCAACUUGCCAGCAACCAAACGAUCGUUGUCAACGUUUAUGACACAACCAAUGCAUCUGCUCCCAUCAGCAUGUAUGGUACUGAUGUAACUGAUACUGGUCUAUUGCAUGUUAGCAGUCUUGAUUUUGGGGACCCAUUAAGGAAGCAUGAGAUGCACUGCAGGUUCAAGCAAAAACCUCCAUUACCUUGGAUGGCAAUCAAUGCAUCAGUAGGAGUUCUAGUUAUUACUUUGCUUGUUGGUCAUAUCUUCCAUGCAGCUAUAUGUCGAAUAGCAAAAGUAGAGAAUGACUACCGUGAGAUGAUGGAGCUCAAAGCUCGUGCUGAAGCUGCAGAUGUAGCCAAAUCUCAGUUUCUAGCCACUGUUUCCCAUGAAAUCCGGACUCCAAUGAAUGGUGUUUUAGGUAUGCUGAAAAUGCUGAUGGACGCAGAUCUUGAUGCGAUCCAAAGAGACUAUGCUGAGACUGCUCAUAAUAGUGGGAAAGAUCUUAUCUCAUUGAUAAAUGAGGUCCUUGAUCAGGCUAAGAUAGAAUCAGGCAGGCUUGAGCUUGAGGAUGUGCCCUUUGAUCUACGCUCUCUUCUUGAUAAUGUUCUCUCACUCUCGUCAGAUAAAUCUAAUGAUAAAGGGAUUGAGCUGGCGGUUUAUGUGUCCAACCGGGUUCCUGAAGUUGUUGUUGGUGACCCUGGGCGGUUUCGGCAAAUAAUUACAAACCUUGUUGGAAAUUCCAUUAAGUUUACGCAAGAUAAGGGGCAUAUUUUUGUCUCAGUGCAUCUAGUAGAUGAAGUGAAAGGCACAUUUGAUGUGGGAGACAAGGUGCUACAACAAGGCUUGAACUUAGUUCAAGACACGUCGAGUAAAACAUAUAAUACCUUAAGUGGGUUUCCAGUGGUAGAAAGAUGGAGAAGCUGGGAGAAUUUUAAAAUAUUAAAUGACAAAGAUACAAUGGAGGAUCCUGAAAAGAUUAAAUUACUAGUAACAGUUGAGGAUACAGGUGUGGGAAUUCGAUUAGAUGCACAAAGUCGAAUUUUCACUCCUUUUGUACAAGCUGACAGUUCCACUUCACGACAUUAUGGUGGGACUGGAAUAGGAUUAAGCAUCAGCAAACAUCUGGUGGAACUCAUGCAUGGGAAGAUUGGGUUCGUGAGUGAACCUGGGAUUGGCAGUACUUUCUCGUUUACUGGAGCUUUUGGAAAAGGUGAAGUGAGUUCUCCGGAUGCAAAAUGGAAGCAAUGUGAUCCAGUGGUUCCAGAGUUUCAAGGAUUGAGAGCACUGAUUAUUGAUAAUAGAAGCAUCCGAGCUGAGGUCACAAGAUACCAUCUACGGAGAUUGGGAAUAUCUUUGGAUAUAGCUUCCAGUAUGGAGUCAGCAUGCACCUAUCUCUCAAGCACUUGUGGCACAAGUGAAUUUGCACAUUUGGCCAUGAUUCUUAUUGACAAAGAUGUUUGGGAUCAGGAAACAGUUCUCCAUUUACGUACAUUGCUCAAAGAACAUGGCCAAAAUGGCAGGCUAGAUGUUUCAACAAACCUUCCAAAGAUUUUUCUCUUGGGUACCUCCAUGAGCCCUGUUGAACGCUCCAAACUUAAGACUGCUGGUUUUGUAGAUAAUGUGCUGAUGAAGCCUCUUCGUUUGAGUGUCUUGAUUGCCUGUUUCCAAGAAGCCCUUGGAAAUGGUAGAAAGGACCAAGUACAUAGAAAGAAAACAUCUACACUUGGGAGUCUACUUAGAGAAAAGCGAAUUUUAGUGGUUGAUGACAAUAAGGUUAACAGAAGAGUGGCAGAAGGUGCUUUAAAGAAAUAUGGAGCAAUUGUCUCCUGUGUGGAAAGGGGCCAGGAUGCUCUGGACAAGCUUAAGCCACCCCAUGAUUUUGAUGCCUGCUUCAUGGAUAUCCAGAUGCCGGAAAUGGAUGGAUUUGAAGCAACUAGGCAAAUCCGCAGUGCGGAGACUGAGGUGAACAAAAAACUUGCUUCUGGAGAAGCAUCAAUUGAGAUGUAUGGAAAUGUGUCUCACUGGCAUGUUCCAAUAUUAGCAAUGACGGCUGAUGUCAUCCAGGCUACAAAUGAAGAAUGCCUGAAAUUUGGGAUGGAUGACUAUGUGUCAAAGCCUUUUGAGGAAGAGCAACUUUAUUCGGCUGUUGCACGUUUUUUUGAGUCUGGUUGAUAGAUUGGGAGGUGGUUCAACUUUAUUUGUCCAGGUUGACCCUAUGUCUUUUGGUUGUCUGACUAGUGACGAGCCCUAACUGCCAUGAGUCUGCGCUGACCGAUGUCUUGCCUCAUACCAUGGACGUCUGAAAUAUGGAAUGCAGAGCUUGCAUCCAUGAUUUUGCUUCCAAGUGUGUUGAAUACCAGGGGAAGAGUAUUCAAAUUCUUCUGACCCAUUGUUUUUGGUCCAUUUUGCUCAAUAUGAUCACUUGCCAAGUAUAAUGGAAAAUGUGGUGGCUUUUCUGGUACAUACCAGUUUUUAUUUAAUUGUAAUUGACCUCCAUUCUUUUUCCCCCCAUAUUUUAUAUGUUCUCAGCCAAACAAUAAAUUUUUUUGUAGAGUUUCCAUGUUUCAAGCUCUUGUAAGAUGAGUGAUUCAUUUUUAUCAUCCUAGUCAGCUUUUGUGUUGGAAAAUCUGACAAAGUGUACAUGGAUAAAAUAUUGAACUUUCUAUUUUAUUUGGAGUCGAAUAUAGACAUCUUGUAAUGUUACCAUUUUACAUUUAAAUGGACCAAAGGAGAUGCAACUAUUGUUUGGAAGUUCAGUAAAGCUUGAGCAAAUAGCAAACUCCCUCAUCAGAGAAAUUAAGUAUGCGAUACAUACAGUUAUCUUUGCCGAAUGAUUGUGUUCUUCUUGAAUGCUUUGGUUGUCUGUUUCAUGUCAUGAAGGAGGUCCCCUUGUUGCAACUAUGACUUUUCAUUGUAUAUUAUCGUUUUCUCUUCUUGGUACGAUCAGUGCAAACUAGUUGUAACAUAUAAUGUUUGCCGUGGUUGUAAGUAAUAAAUUGCUUGAUUUGAUUAGAUUUGUCAAACAUUUUGUUCUCUGCCUUUAUUUCAUGGUGUUGCUGAGCACUUGUGGGUAUGGUUAUGUACUAGUCACAUGAAAGCCUUCGCAGCCAUCACAGCAUGCUUAGUUUUAGAUGGUGAGCUUCAACAUGAACCUGAGAUUCUGCAUCCAUGACGUAUAAUAUAAUAUUGUUGCUCAAAACAUUCCCGAGGAAAAUGAAUCUCU